AUGAUUCACUCCAGCCUUUUCAAUGAGAUUGUUGACCGUGAUAUCUUCUUUGAGGAUACGAAAACGCCUCGUGAUCUCAGUCACUGUGCAGAUAUCUUUCGGAAGCGCGGUGCUAAGGACGGAAACAGGGAGCGUAUUGCGGUCGCUGUGGCCAAAGCUCGUGCUGACUUGGGACUUCCACGGAAGAAAGCACCCAUCAAAGCUAGAGCCACAAAUCCUGUUAGCAUCUCGCAUCUCUCUGGUCUCGGUGUCACACCUACAACGCCCAACGUGGAAGAGAUAAUUUAUAGCAACUCUUCUUGUAUUUUGUCACUUGAAGGAGAGACAGGCCCAUUCUACGUAUCAGGGGAGCAUAUACGUAGCGAUCUUCGGGAAACCCAAGCUGGCGUUCCUGUUAUUUUGGACGGUCAAUUUCUCGAUACCACUACAUGCGAGCCAAUACAAGAUCUUUAUUGGAAUAUUUUGAACUGUAACUCUACUGGUGUUUAUGGCGGCAUUCCAGCGAGCUCCAUGAAUGGUAAUGCCGGAGAUGCUUCUAAUAUAAACAAGACAUUUCUUCGUGGCCUUCAACCUACGGACGCUAACGGAGUCGCAAAAUUUACUUCUCUCUUCCCUAGACAUUAUGCGGGUAGAACAACUCAUAUGCAUGUCGUUGCACACAUUGGAGGAACCGUAUUAUCGAAUGGCACAUAUACUGGUGGGAAGGUCUCCCAUAUCGGACAGGUAUUUUUCGAUCAGAGCUUGAUUACCAAGGUGGAAGCUUUGUCUCCUUAUAAUACCAACACGCGAAGGUUGACCACAAAUGCUGCCGAUAGAGUUGUGGCUGCCGAAAUCGCUGAUGGCUCGGACCCAUUCUUCACCUAUGUUUUGCUCGGUGGCACAGUAUCUGAUGGAAUCUUCGCCUGGAUCACCUUUGGUAUAAAUCAAGGUGCAUCAUACACAGCUAGUGCUGCUGCAAGACUCACUGCCAAUGGAGGUGUUCCCAUUGCUGGAGGGGGUCGCCCAACUAUUGCAUAG